GUUGGAUGUUGAUGGUUUGCCGGUAUAUUUCCCCUAUGAAUACAUCUAUCCUGAGCAGUUUGCAUAUAUGACAGAGUUGAAAAAAGGAAUAGAUGCAAAGGGUCACUGUCUACUGGAAAUGCCUUCGGGUACAGGGAAGACGAUUUCUCUCCUGUCGCUAAUCGUAGCGUACAUUCAUCAUAAUCCAGCUCAUGUGAACAAACUAAUCUACUGCUCAAGAACCGUUCCUGAGAUCGAGAAAGUUGUUGAAGAAUUACGGAAAUUGUUCAAAUACUACGAGAAAAAUGACACGCCUCUUAACAUGCUAGGACUCGUUUUGAGCUCUAGAAAAAACUUAUGUAUACAUCCUCAGGUUAGCAAAGAAAAAGAUGGCAAGAUAGUUGAUGGGCGUUGUCACGGACUGACAGCCUCAUACAUCCGCCAGCGCCAUGAGAGCGACGAAUCCGUUCCUAUUUGUACAUUCUACGAGAAUUUCGAUCGCACUGGACGUGAGACUCCUAUCAGCCCUGGCGUCUACAGUAUAGACGAUUUAAAGCGUUACGGAAGAGAAAUGAACUACUGCCCCUAUUUCCUCGCUCGUUACACUAUUCAUCAUGCUACAUUUGUGAUCUAUAGCUACCAUUAUCUACUCGACCCCAAAAUUGCAGAUGUUGUAUCAAAAGAAUUAACGAAAUCGGCUAUUGUAGUAUUUGAUGAAGCGCACAACAUUGAUAACGUUUGUGUAGACUCAAUGAGUGUAAAAAUCAACAGGAGGAUAAUUGAUAAAGCAGUAGCAAAUAUACAGGUCUUGGAAAAAACUGUGAAUGAUAUGAAAGAAGUAGAUGCACAGAAAUUGCGAGACGAGUACAACAGGCUAGUGCAAGGACUGAGAGACGCCAGUGUGGCUCGAGAGACUGAUAUGAUCCUAUCCAACCCCGUUCUACCAGAUCAAGUUCUCAAAGAGGUGGUACCAGGCAACAUCAGAACUGCAGAACACUUCAUAAGCUUCCUGAAGAGGUUUGUUGAAUAUUUGAAGACGAGACUCAGGGUCCAACACGUUGUACAAGAAUCUCCAGCUGGAUUCCUCAAGGACGUAUUCCAACGUGUUUGCAUUGAGAGAAAACCAUUGCGGUUUUGUGCGGAGCGGUUGGCUUCACUACUGCGCACUCUCCAGAUCGCUGAUCAAACCGAUUUCUCUCCAAUCGUUUUGAUCACUCAUCUGGCCACUCUGGUCUCAACCUACACGAGAGGCUUCACCAUCAUCAUCGAGCCAUUCGAAGAUAAAUCACCAACUGUUGUCAAUCCAAUAUUACACUUCAGCUGUUUGGACUCGUCAAUUGCCAUGAAGCCAGUAUUUGAUAGAUUUCAAACGGUGGUCAUCACAUCUGGAACCCUCUCGCCAUUGGACAUGUAUCCGAAGAUAUUGGACUUCAAUCCAGUCAUUAUGAGCUCCUUCACAAUGACGCUAGCAAGGCCUUGCAUCCUACCAAUGAUUGUCUCGAAAGGAAACGAUCAGGUAGCGAUAUCGUCGCGGUUCGAGACGAGAGAAGACGUGUCGGUGGUUCGCAACUACGGUCAGCUGUUGGUGGAGAUCAGCUCUGUGGUUCCCGAUGGCGUCGUCUGCUUCUUCACAUCCUACCUGUACCUGGAAUCAGUGGUGGCCAGCUGGUAUGAUCAGGGGGUCAUCGACUCUCUGCAGAGGAGGAAAUUGCUGUUCAUCGAAACCCAAGACUCGGCUGAAACCAGUCUUGCUCUACUCAAUUAUAUCAAGGCGUGUGAGAUCGGAAGAGGGGCAGUGCUGCUGUCUGUGGCCCGCGGCAAGGUGUCCGAAGGAGUCGACUUCGAUCACCAUCUGGGCCGAGCUGUGCUGGUUCUAGGCAUUCCCUAUGUCUACACGCAGUCACGAAUUUUGAGGGCUAGGCUCGACUACCUUCGUGAUCAAUUUCAAAUUCGUGAAAAUGACUUCUUGACUUUUGAUGCAAUGAGACACGCCGCUCAGUGUGUCGGAAGAGUUUUGCGAGGAAAAACCGACUAUGGAAUCAUGAUUUUUGCUGAUAAGAGAUUUUCUAGGUCCGAUAAAAGGAGUAAGAUACCGAAAUGGAUACAAGAACACCUCAAGGAUUCACUAUGUAAUUUGUCAACUGAAGAAGCCGUUCAGAUUGCAAAACGGUGGUUGCGUCAAAUGGCUCAGCCAUUCAGUCGGGAGGAUCAACUUGGAGUCUCUCUGCUGAGUCUGGAGCAGCUGGAGCAAGCCAAUUCCAAUGACAUCGAUGCCAGAGCUCGUCAGAAUUGAAACACUAUUUCAUUUCCCAAAGAUAUGUUGUUCAAGUGUGUAAUAUUUUAUACUUUUAAUACAGAUUGUUGAAAAAACA